UUUUCUGGUCCGACACGUAAAUAUUUCCGAUGUGGAACACCAACAUUCAUUGUUAGGUUCCCAUGUCAUUGGGAGUCACCAUCGUCAUUCGUUACUAUGGUAAGUGUAGUUUCUGCCAUAGCAGAGUUACAGAGUUAAAUUUACUACUAUAGAUAGAUAGAUAGAUAGAUAGAUGUUGAAAAAGGCUUUUAAAUUUUUGUUUGUGUAGUACCUCACAAUUAUUACAAAGUGUACAGACAAAAUAAUUGUGUGUCUAUUUAGUUUGUGUUUAUAUCUGUUAGAUGACAAAUUUUAUUUGUACAUAAGUAUUAUCAUGGGAAAGGACAUCCUGCUAAUAAUUAUAGCUUGGUAAACAUCGUUUAUUUACACUGCAUAAUGCAGUACAAAUAGUUUAAAUUGCCAAAUGUUUUUGCCUGAAAGCUAUGGAGCCACACACUUGACAAACAGAAGAAAAAUAGAUAUUGUGGUCAUUAAUUAAGUUUUCAUUCCCAUGACUUCAUAUACAUGUUUUAUUCAUUCAUUAUCUUGUUUUAGUUAAAUCAUGGCCAUGUUGUAUUAAUUCGCUCCUCUGACUAAACAUUUUCAUUGUUUAGUGUUAAAGAGUCUUUGACCAUCACACAAUAUGCAGUUUUCUGUGCAUAUUCUGUGCAUUUUCUGCAGUUUUCAACUAGCGUUGACACUUCUAGACUGUAAAUCAGGGCAAAAAUUGUGUGUUGUGUUUCAGCCUUUACCUAAAAUGAGAACACAAUUAGUCAUGGCAACAAAUUCUUAAUUUGCAGCUACAAACUAUGUGAAUAACUAUUACUGGAUAUUCACACAUAGUUAAGCAUGCUUCCCUCAUAUAGACUCAGGGGCGUCAUGCCCAUUCAAAUCCAUUUUUGAGUAGAUUUUGAAUGCAAAAAAAUAGAAGAAGAAUAUUUUAUGUUUGAGACAAUCACAUUGGCGUGAUUAAAACAUUCAGUUCAGCACCUCACCAGCUGCUUAUAACCAAUCACACACGUUUCUGUUGAGCUUAUGAAUGCAAUGGUCAAUCAGGCAUUCAGAUGAGUUGAAAUGCCGCUGAUUUGUUCAUAUUUUAGAAUUGAGAUAUUUCCUGAUACAGUUAACACGUUUGGGAAUAUUUUGAAUAAAAAGGAAAACAAUAAAUAAAACUUAAGCCUAUAUCAUUUAUUCAGCACUAUCGUGGCUGCUGUGUGUCACAUGACAAGCACAUGACACCCCUGAAUAGACUGUACUACAAAAACUGAAUAACUUAAAACAAUGCCAAAUCCUGUAGAGGGAGUGGUCAGUGGUGGUUUCUGGAUGAACAAACAAAAUAAAAAGGCGUGCUCGUUGGGUGUGCACUAUAUGGGUGAGCCUUAGUCAGAUCUUCAAACACAUUCUCACAGUAAUAGCUAAGCGAGAAAGUCAUCUGAACUCUUUGGAGGACUGAAAAGUAAUCGGUAUCAUUUUACUUCACAAGCUCUGGUUGAACACUGAGUGCUCAUACCCUGUAAAACAGACAUACGUUGAAAGUGAUUGUUUUGAAUUGACUUGAUAAACAGAACUAAUCCACCAUGGCACGUGAACAAGACUACUACACUAUCAUGUAUGGGCUGCAGGAGCUUGAUUUCCAAGGAAAAGCAGUGCCCAGUGAUCUUGUACUAAUAGGUGAAAAAGCCUUUCCACUUGCCAUGAAUCCAAGAGGUCAGGUGUUGAUGGCCGCAUCUCAUUAUGGUCAGGGUCGUGUGGUGGUGUUGGGGCAUGAGAAAUACCUAACAAGCUUUCCCGGCCUCAUAGAGAAUGCCCUGAUGUGGCUCAUGCCAUGUACCGGUGAUGCUGGCAUUGUAGGGAUUCAGAAGAGUUUACGCUCAGUAGCUGAAAACUUGAACUACUGCCCUAUCAAGACAGAGCUAGGAGACUUUCGGAGUGGAUUCGCAAUUUAUAUCACAGAUGCUUACAGCGUUGAGAAUUGUGCAAAGGAUCUGAUUGCAUUCGUCAAAGCUGGGGGUGGCUUGAUCAUGGCUGGCCAGGCCUGGAGUUGGGCUGAAGCCCACCCAGAAGAAAACACUAUAAAGAACUUCCCAGGAAACAAGGUGUGCAGUGUUGCAGGAAUUUACUUCUCGGAACACCAAGGAGAACUUGGCAUUUUUCCUGUCCCAAGACAAAUCCCUUCUAGUUGGCUUGGUGUAUCUAUAGGCAAGGACUUUAAGGAUGACCUACAGUUCCUGCUAGAAGGUGUGUCCGAGUUUGACGUCCAAGGUGGGGCUAUAGCAUCUGAGGUGAUGGUGCAUGGACCAUUAGCAUUUCCCAUUGCAGUUACUCCAGCUGGAAAAACAUUCAUUGCUGGUGCCUAUUAUGGGCAAGGUCGAGUAAUUCUGUUAUCGCAUGAAGGCUACAUGGGCCGGGACUCUCUGUCCACUUUCCUGAUCAAUGCUAUCAAGUGGCUAGACGAGGAUCGCAAGGGUGUUAUUGGGAUCCUACCCAGCUUAAAAGGAGCCCACACGGUGCUGAGCAAAUCUGGUUUAAAUUGCCAGUUGACUGGUUUCAAAGAAGAUCUAAGCGUGUACGUUUGCACUUCAUACAGUGAUGCCCAAUGUGCAGAGAUCCAAGACUUUGUUGCUGAAGGCGGAGGUCUUAUGAUUGGGGGUCAUGCUUGGUAUUGGGCACAGACUCACUGUGGCUGCAAUGUGAUGACCGAUUAUCCAGGAAAUCACAUUCUUAAUAAGAUGGGAUUGUGUCUCCUGGGCAACACCUUGGGUGGAGGGUUAUAUAAAGCCCCAGAAAUUGAGCAAAGUUGUAAAGAGGGGUACCACUUUCGUAACAUGCUGCAUCGGUUUGCUGAACAUGUAAACCUGGGGCAAGAACUGACUAAUCAUGAACAAAGCUGCUUGAAGCAGCUGGGCAACGACUGUGCCAGUUACCUUCGCAUGCGAUGUCACGACAGCGCCGCCUAUACUUCAAUGGUAGCGCUUCUUAGUGACAUAGUGAAGGAGGUGGGUGUUCCACAAGUGUGUAGUAACUGCCCUGUUGAAAGUGCCAAAGACCACCUGAUGCUCCACGUUGGGACUGAGGUAUACAAAGUGUCACCUGAUCCUGAUGCCCUUCUUCCAUACAUCAUCAAGGACAGACCUAACUUGCCCACUGUGUCUAAUGCAAGAGUUCGGAUCAGUGCCAACACUGAAGGCUGGGAAGAAUGGAUAAGCACAGGCUUAUAUCUUUCUCCUGGUAUGAAGACGUACAUAGCAGUGCCUCCAGAGAUUGUUGGGAAAAAAUGGCAGGUGCAACUUGGUUGCCAAACAGAUAACAUUGGUGGAGCAAACGUUCUGAAACGGGCUCCUGUGGUCCAUGAGCGAUUCCCUUUGGACGCAGAGAUGGUUCAAGUCUGCAAUCUAUGGGGAGGGCUUAUGUAUGUAAUAGCACCUCCCCAAAGCAAAGUGGAUGGGGUGGAAAUUGUCGUGCAGGUUGCCAUACAGGCUCCAUACUUUAAGUCUGGAGAGACUACUGUAGCUGACUGGGUGGACAGGAUCCGUCAGGCACCCGCCCCCUGGGCAGAGCUUGAGUUUGAGAACAUCAUUAUGACAUUAGAAUCAGAAUAUAUAAGGAAUCUGGACCGCCCUGAUGAGGUGGCUAAACUUUGGGAUGCCAUGAUGAGAAGCAUAGCUGACCUGGCAGCAAAGUCUGCCAAGUUUCCCCGCAAGGAGCGGUUUGUUGCAGAUGUUCAGAUCUCUCACGGUUUUAUGCAUGCUGGAUAUCCCAUCAUGAUGCAUGCCACCUCUGCCCCAGCACUAGUAAAUGUACAGCAAGCCUAUACAAGUGGUCUUUGGGGAGCCAUUCACGAGCUGGGUCAUAACCAGCAGCGUGGAGUUUGGGAGUUCCCUCCGCACACCACUGAGUGCACUUGCAACCUGUGGUCAGUGUAUGUGCAUGAGGAAGUGCUGGGUUUGAACAGGUCUAAUGCUCAUCCAGCCAUGACUCUAGAAAACCGCCAGGCUCGUACCAAAUCAUAUUGCGAUAGCGGUAAGGAUUUAAAAAACUGGAGCAUGUGGACGGCACUCGAGACUUACAUGCAGCUUCAGGAAAAAUUUGGCUGGGAUGCUUUCAAGAAAGUUUUUACUCUCUACCAUAACAUGAGUGGAGUGCCAAAUGACAAUGCAGGCAAGAUGAAUGUAUACGCUGAGACCUUCUCCAAGGUAGUCAACCUGAAUCUGACCCCCUUCUUCAAAGCUUGGGGUUGGCCCAUCCAGCCCAGCACACAAGAGAAAAUCGCUCAUCUCCCUGAGUGGAGUGACCAUCCUAUGGUCCAGCAUGCAUAAAAAUAUCUCAAAUAGCUUUUAAAAUGUACAAUGUACAAUGCCAAUUUUAGUGUAGCUAAUGGGUAGGAUUAGAUAUAGAGAUAUAUGCUUACCUGGAAUGUCAUGGAAAUUAACAUUUUUUAUUUUAUUUAAUAAGCACAUAGAUGGGUAUAUCAUAUCAGUGUAAAGCAUAGAAUGUGGCUUUUUUUAUUUUUAAAUAUAUAGAGAAGUUGCUCUUAACUAAAGGUGGCUAUAGGCUGGGCUAAGGUUAAAUAAAACCAGAUGUAGCGUGCAUUUUACAUGCGCAGCAGCAUAUCCUUUUCAUAAACUGCAUGAAUUAUGUACUGCAAUUAAAAGUCAGUUCAACAGUAUGGAAUGGUAUUGGUAUUGGUGUAUCUCCCUUGCUUAUCCAAGAGAAUAAAUCAUAUAUAUUAUUUAAAA